AUGACGCAGCCGGCGGAGAAAGCGUAUUACCGCUUUGUGGUGCUGUUCUUCAACUGUCUGCUGACCUUUGGCUCCUACUUCUGCUUCGACAUCCCCAGUGUUUUGCAGGAUCAGUUCCAAGGGAACCUGACGUGUCCCAAUGCAACAGUGAUCAAUGGCACAGUGGACUGUGUGCUGGGAUUGGGGAUGAACCCUCAGCAGUACAAUCUUCUUUAUGCCAUCUAUGCUUGGACGAAUGCAGUCGUGGUGAUCAUGGCGGGGUUCCUGAUUGACAAAUUAGGAAACCGCAUUGGAAUAUUUCUCUUCUCUUUCCUGUGUGUUUUGGGCUCGUCGCUGUUUGCACUGGGCUCCCACUUCAAAGGGACUCCCUAUCUGCUGCCACUGAUGCUCACCGGCCGACUGCUGUUUGGAUCGGGCAAUGGAUCUCUGACCAUUGUUCAGAGCCGCAUCACAGCCUUCUGGUUCAAAGGGAAGGAGCUGGCCUUGGCGUUCGGUGUGACCCUGGCUUUCUCUCGCCUGGGUUCAGUCCUGAACUUCUUCCUCACACAGAACUUUGAGGAGCAAUAUGGCAUGCAAUGGACACUCUGGGGUGGUGCACUACUGUGUGUGCUGGGCUUUGUGUCGGCCGUCCUAGUCAGUGCCCUGGACAAGAUCGGAAUGAGGCAGCUGGGUCUCGAUGGCGCCAUCCAAGAGCAGUCCCGCAAAGUGAGGAUUCAGGAUGUGAAGCUCCUCUCGCUAAGAUAUUGGCUGCUGGUUCUCACCAUUAUGUUCUUCUACAACGGCAUCUUCCCCUUCAUCGCAGAUGCCAGUAAGUUCAUUCAGGAUAAGUACGAUGGCUACAGUCAGAAGGAGGCGGCCUAUAUCGCCGGGGCUGUUUAUGACAGCUCACUGAUCCUCUCAGCCGGCGUGGGCAUUCUCAUCGACUAUGUGGGUCUGCGGGGCGUUUUUGCAGGGGCCUGUGCCGUCCUCACGCUGCCUGUGUUUGGACUCCUGGCCUUCACCUUUGUCCCUCCUCUCGUCUCCACCAUAUGGCUGGGAGUCACCUACUCAUUUGCUGCUGCAAGCAUGUGGCCGUCUAUCCCCCUCGUGGUGCCUCAGGCGACUCUGGGAACAGCUAUGGGUCUGGCCACGUCGGUACAGAUGGUCGGGAUUGGGGUGUCCAAUCUGGUCGUUGGGCAGAUUUUGGGCAAUAAGUCUAGUGAAACUAAAAUUCCGUUGUGGCGUUGGCAGAGGAUGAUGAUCUUCAUGUUGGCCAACACCAUCAGCUGCAUCGUCACCUCGGUGCUGCUCAACAUCGCCGACCACAGACAGGGCGGGACCCUGAACAAGACGACCAAGAGGUCAGAGCAGGCGCAGAGAGACUCCGACAGAGAGCCGCUCAACCAGGGGAGGGAAGAGCAAAGUGAGGAGGAGGAGCAGGAGGAGGGCGAGGCGGUCAGAUCCCGUUCUAUCAACUCCUAGAACAUUUUUUAACACUUUACCUUACAUUUCUCUUUUUAUAUGCAUUUUUUUCUAUGUACCACUUUUUAAAUGGGACUUGGUUUAUUGUACACCUCACUGCUGCUCCAUACUGUCUGUGGGUGCUUCAGCGGAUAACGGAGCAGUUUAAUAUAUCAGAAUGAAUGCAUUUCUCUUAAACAGUAUUAUUUACACCCAAAUAGUAUCAAUACAUUGAUCUAAAUGUGAAGCAGGUAUUGUUGUAAGUCAAAAAUCUAACUUUUUUAUCCUUUUAGCGAUCAACUGUACUGCCAUAACUGACUGUGAGUUUAACAUGCAUGUCAAAAUGUUUUUUUAUUGGUUAUGAUGCUCUACAUGGUACAUGUUCAUAGGAAUAGACUUUACUUUGUUUUUAAAUAAAGGGAAUCUGAUUUCACAUUG